AUAACGCAACUGCAUCACAAACCACCCUAUUUCAGCUUCAAGGCCUCUUAACAAUGAGUGACUCAAACUCGGACAAGCUCACUGAGGAGAAGACUGUUGAUGUGAAAAAGAGCAAAAAAAAGCAAAAGAAGGAGGAUGCCUGGAGACCAGAGGGCCCCAGAGACCCAGUUGCGAUGCUGAAUGCUUUGCCUGAAAGCAAACAGCAGGAAAUCCAAAGAGCCCUGCACCUCUUCUCUUUAGGUUCAACUCUGCCAAGGACGCUGCAGCAAGCCAAGAGACGCAUAUACCGAUUCUGGGAGACUCAGCCUGUCCCCAAACUGGGUGACAGGAGAACAGCUCACGGUCCAAUAGCAGAGACAGAAACCAGUGUCCGAAAGGAGCACUACUCUCUGCCCCAAGGCUUCUCAUGGGAUACUCUGGACCUGACCAACCCUACAGUGUUGGGAGAACUAUGCGCUCUACUGAAUGAAAACUACAUGGAAGAAGACGACAACACCAUUAGAUUUGACUUCUCUCUGGAGUAUCUGCAAUGGGCUUUGCAACCUCCAAAUUGGCUGGCCCAGUGGCACUGUGGUGUAAGAGUGGACACCAAUCAGAAACUAGUUGGAUUUAUUGCAGCUGUUCCUGCAAACAUCCGCAUAUAUGAUGAGGAGAGACGGAUGGUGCAGGUCAAAUUCUUGUGUGUUCAUAAAAACCUACGCCUAAAGAGGAUGACUCCAGUUCUGAUCCGAGAGCUCACCAGACGGGUCAACCAGCAGGAGGUCUACCAAGCUGUCUACACAGCUGGCAUAGUGUUGCCCACCCCACUAAGCUCCUGCAGAUACUGGCAUCGUCCUCUGAGUCCACGUAAGCUGAUGGAGGUCAACUAUCCAGGUGUGAGACAGAACAUGACCCUGCAGAGAGCGAUCAAAUUCCACCGCCUGCCCGAGGUUACAAAGACACCAGGGCUGCGUCCGAUGACAAAAGAAGAUAUUCCAGGGAUACACUCCCUUCUCCACGCAAACGCCUCCAAGUUUCAUCUCAGCCACAUCUUGUCUCCGCAGGAAGUAGAACACUGGCUGUUGCCAAGAGAGACUGUGAUUGACUCCUAUGUGGUGGAGAGUAACGACGGUACGCUGACAGAUGUGCUGAGCUUCUAUGGCAUCACAUCCAAGGUGCUUAAUCACCCGGUUCACACUAGUGUGAGAGCAGCUCAUCUCUUUUACCUCACCUGUACUGCCACAGACCUGCUGGCUCUCAUGGAGGAUGCACUGGUUCUGGCUAAAGCUAAAGGGUUUGAUAUCUUCACUGCCCUGGAUGUGAUGGACAACAGGAGUUUUUUGGAGAAGCUUAAGUUUAACAUGAGUACCCAGAGCCUUCAUUACUACCUGUACAACUGGAUGUGUCCUGACAUGAGCCCAGAGAAGGUGGGCUUGCUGUUAGCCAACUAAUCUGCCUCAGGGAAGAGCUGAGCGAUGAGGAUGAAAGGACCAGAGUGACUGUCACAACAGUGGACAUAAAACUGUAUUAACAGCACAUCUUUAAAUGUCAACUGUAAAGUGAAAAACACAAGUCGAUAAAAGAAAUAAAGAUAAACCUGCAUUUGUAAAUACAUUAAUCAUCCGGAUGUCAGUUAUUCACUGGGCACGGCAUUUCCAUGACAA